AGCUCACAGCUCGCCCAAGCUGCCGCCUGCACGCAGACCACCUCUGUGCACCCCGAGCACAGCACCACCCAGGCUCAUGCAUUAAGUUUUAGGGCAAGGGACUGAUUAACUUUCCAGAGGGGAGCUGUAGCACCACACACGCGCAAAAGGAGAGACAAGAAAUCGGUUUGAGAAACGGGGCUGUGAAAUCAGAUGUAAUGAAAAAAAAAAUACCAAACUUUUUUUUUUUUGCCUGCAGGAAGUGGACGCCUGAUGCAAAUAUAAUUUGCUAAGAUAAAAAAGAAAGCAUUCUUUUAAAAAUAUAUAUAUAUACUUGAUUUGGUGAUCUUUUUUUAACGCUUAUCCGAAGCGUUAAGGAAGAAUUUCGGAUUUAUUUUUCUCACACUUGUCCGAGUGCCCGGAGGAGCUGAGAUAAUCACCCAUCUGGUUCUCCGUGACUUGUUUUUUUUUUUUAAACUCGCGUGUUUUUAUUUAUUCUUUUACUUUUUUCUUUUGCUCGGGCUUUUGAACACUUUGGAACAGCUUCUCGAAGCCGAUCGCCGGAGAAGCGUCGCCCCCCCCUCUGUCCUUCGCUCUCCCCCAGCGCAACCCUCUCCAAUGCCCGGGAUCCAUUCAAACGCGCAGCGCUAUGACAGCUGUGAGAUGGAAUACGAUCGCUACCAGCACUAUUUCUACGACGACCACGACCUGAAGGAGGAUUUUUACAAGUCCACGGCGCCGAGCGAGGACAUCUGGAAGAAGUUCGAGUUGGUCCCCACCCCGCCCAUGUCGCCCUCCCGGUCCGCGGACGCCGGCGCGGCGCCCACGGCCGGCGACACGCUGGAGUGGGUCUCGCAGUUCCUGGGGCAGGACGAGGAGCAGGAGGGGCACUACAAGAUCGGCGCCCCGGAGAUCGUGGGCAACCUCAGCUCCAUCAUCAUCCAGGACUGCAUGUGGAGCGGGUUCUCGGCCAGCCAGCGCCUGGAGAAAGUGGUCAACGAGCGGCUGUCUGGGUCGGCGCCGGCCAAAAUGGGCCACACGGGACACCCCGCCGCCGGGGGCGGCAGAGCCCAGCCCGCUCACCAGGACGCGUCGGUGCCGAGCAGUUCGCCGGCGGACUGCGUGGACCCGGCGGCGGUUCUGACCUACCCCUACAACCCGGCCUGCAAGAAACAGGCUUAUUCGGGAUCCGAGUCCCGCACGGACUCUGAGGACGAGGAGAUCGACGUGGUGACGGUGGAGAGCAAGCAGAGCCGGCAGCUGGCGAGCGGGCGCAAGCCGGUGACCAUCACGGUGCGCGCCGACCCCCACGACCCCUGCAUGAAGCGCUUCCACAUCUCCAUCCACCAGCAGCAGCACAACUACGCCGCGCCCUCGCCCGACAGCCCGCCCCCCAAGAGGCCCCGGCAGGAGCCCCCGCCCGAGGAGCCCGCCUGCCCGCCCCAGGACAGCCCCGGGGGCCCCUCCAGCAGCCCGCCCAGCUCGGACGCCGAGGACACGGACAAGAGGAAGACCCACAACUACCUGGAGCGGAAGAGGCGCAACGACCUGCGCUCGCGCUUCCUGGCGCUGCGGGACGAGAUCCCCGGCCUGGUGGACUGCCCCAAGACCCCCAAGGUGGUCAUCCUGACCAAGGCCGCCGAGUACCUGCGCCUGCUGCACUCCAGCGACAAGCACAAGGCCCAGGAGAGGAGGCAGCUCAAGUCGCGGCAGCAGCAGCUGCUGAGGAGGCUGGCCGACCUCAAGCGCUCGUAAACGGGGGCGGGGGGGGCGCUCGUCGCUCGCUCUUUGCACACCGAUUGGCCUCGGGACGGCGGGACCGGGUGCUGGGGGGCACGGCUCGAUCGCGCCAUGGCGGUGCCCCUCCGGAAACAGGGCCCUGAGCGAACAGCGAGAGCGGGUGGCGGCUCUACUCUUACUAUAGGAUCUGGUGAUGUUUGCAUUAUUUUUUUUAGGGGGUCUCUCGAGGAUAUCCUCGCAUGCACGGGGUGCUGAAAUCCAUCUGGGGGACAUCCUGCGGGCUCUCUGUGGGGAGGCUGGGGUGCGUCUUCGUUGUCGGUUUAGCAUGCUGUUAAGAAGCCUUCUGCUUCGUCGCGACACACACUCACACACACACGCUUGUCCAUCCCACACACGUGACCGGAGAUGGGAAAAAUCCCGUGUCCGCUUUCAAUCUCUCCCCCCCCCCCCCCCCCGAAAAAUAAAUAACACAGUCUUGGUUUCUGAUAACGCUUUUUGGCUGGAAAGGGAACCGGGGAAUGUGUGCUGUAGCGAAAUAAACGCAGGUGUAGUUAACAGUUCAGCCCACCUGCGAUGCUCCUCUUGUAUCGGGGGGGUGCGAUUUGGCUUUUUAAGUAGCUCCUCCUUCUUCGCUUCGAUUUCUCGAUCCCAAAACAAAGAGAGACUCCACGGCUGGGACAUUGCUCGGGGGGGCGAGAUGACAGGGACCGGAAUGGAAGUCGCAUCCCCAGAGGGUGUUUCUCACGUGCAGCGCAUGCUGGUUUUAUGCACAUCCCACUUUCGAAUUCUGGUUUUAUUCAAGGUAAAUCGCCGAUCAACAGUAGCAUUUCCGGACUGUUGCAUCUGUGGAACAGUGUUUGACUCAGCUUUGCAGUGUAAAUAGUCAUUUAUAUGUCCUUGAGACUUUGUACAUAGCUGUGAAUGAUCCUGCUGUAUAGAUUCUUAUCUGCUGUAAAUAGUAAUACUCUACUUCAAGAGCCAAAAUCAAAUGUUGAAGGACCUUUCUUUAAAUUUCUUUAUUUUCAUUUGAUUUGAGUGUUUUUUUCCUAAUGUUCUCAGACUUGGGGCUGACCUAACAGGCUCUCUAAGGUUUACUUCAGAGCUUCUAUUUUUGUUAAAAAAUAAUAAAAUGAAAUAAAAUAACACUACUGUACUUUACUUUAACUACACUCGUCACUUUUACGAUACUGUCCUCACUGCCUGUACUUUUUUUUUUUGUUGUUGUUGAUUUCUAUACAGUAUCUGGAAAAAAGAAAAGCAAAAGUUUAUACUAUAUUUUCCUACAACGUUACGUUUGUGAAAGCUGGAGACUUGUUUUCUUUUUUAAGGUCAUGAAUUGUACGAGUAACAGGUGGUAUGUGCUGGGAUUUCUGUCAGUUCUCUCAGCUUGCACUCCAGGGAAUCGGUCCUGCGGUGCUCUGUGGAAACUAAACACAGCAGAACGUUUGGACCUGCGGACAGAAAAACGAAUGUUUAUCCGAGUAGGCGUGGCGGAUCGGAGAUGGAUUUCUUCCUGGCGCAAUUUAAUUACUGGCUGUGGAGAAGAUGGAUGCAUUGGGGGAACAAAGGCCCAGACCAGAUGCCUCUCUGAUUUUAUAUUUGGAAUCAGCUGUUUGCUGUUCAGAAAAAAAAUUACAAGUAAAUCAGAAUUAAAACUUGGUAUGCACCAAUUAAGGUUUAUUCAUUUGUCCGUUAAAGCAAACCCUUUAAAGGCUGAGACUUUGUAAAAUGCCAUCUACACUGAGAGAAUGAAAAAGUUCUCUGUAGCGCUGUCUGUGAAAGAGCCCCGUCCUCUCGAUGAACAACCAAUGGAAAUUGAGUUGUUUUUUUCUUUUAGAAAAGCUGAUCUAUUCAGUCUUCUAGUUUAGCUGAAUGGUGACAGAGGUCGAGACACUUAGGUUUUUAGCCUCUGUAUUCCUGGCCUUUUGUACUCCUCCUUGGAUCGGUAUUGGCUUUCCUUUGUGUCGUUGUAAGACUCCUUCCCUUUGGAAUUUGAGACGCUGUUUGCUUUUUUUGCUGUUGCAUUGUCCAGCACAUACCACCUCACUUUUUCUUUUAUAUUAUCUGGGGAAAAAAUAGCUUUAUGAAUGACUGAUCUACACCGAAUUCGGUCUGUCAUUAAUACGUGCUGUCAACUUGUUCCUAUGUUUCAUUUGGAAUGCUGAUUCGGUUCUAGAAUGGAAUAGAACCUCAGUUCUGUUUAGCACUUUGUGUUCAGUACCUCAUGAGAAUAAGAAUUAAAUCAAACAAAAAUCA